UUCCCAUCCCAGUAGUAGCCUGUUCCUUCUGUUCUCUGUCCCUCCAGAGCUCCCACAGCAACAUGUCUGGAAGGAGGAGGAGGUUCUGGCUGACCAGCAGCUCUGUAUUCAGGAGAGGAACUCCAGUCUGGACCAAGAGGACCCAGAGCCUCCACAGAUUAAAGAGGAACAGGAGGAACUCUGUACCAGUCAGGAGGGAGAGCAGCUUGUACUGAAGCAGGAGACUGAUACCUUUAUGUUGACUCCUACUUAUGAGGAAAGAGACCACAGUGAAGCAGAACUGAAAAGUGACCACCAGCUCCUCUCUCACAGCUGUCAUGUAGCUGAGAGCCAAGAUCAGAAAGGAGGCGAGCAUGAAGACUCAGGAUCAACUAGAGAUGCAGAGCCAGAACAAAAGAAUCAAGAUCACAAAAGCAGAAGCCACAGAAACAAUGUAAACAACUCUACCAUGUCAGAGGUUCACAAUAAUCCUCACACAGAGCUCCCACAGCAACAUGUCUGGAAGGAGGAGGAGGUUCUGGCUGACCAGCAGCUCUGUAUUCAGGAGAGGAACUCCAGUCUGGACCAAGAGGACCCAGAGCCUCCACAGAUUAAAGAGGAACAGGAGGAACUCUGUACCAGUCAGGAGGGAGAGCAGCUUGUACUGAAGCAGGAGACUGAUACCUUUAUGUUGACUCCUACUUAUGAGGAAAGAGACCACAGUGAAGCAGAACUGAAAAGUGACCACCAGCUCCUCUCUCACAGCUGUCAUGUAGCUGAGAGCCAAGAUCAGAAAGGAGGCGAGCAUGAAGACUCAGGAUCAACUAGAGAUGCAGAGCCAGAACAAAAGAAUCAAGAUCACAAAAGCAGAAGCCACAGAAACAAUGUAAACAACUCUACCAUGUCAGAGGUUCACAAUAAUCCUCACACAGGUGAAAACUCUUUCAAAUGUGACACAUGUGGAAAAGAUUGUAAAUAUAAGUCACUAUUGCAGACACACCUGAGAAUUCACACAGGUGAGAAGCCAUAUUCUUGUAAAACAUGCGGGAAAUCUUUUAGCUACAGUGGUCAGUUGAUAGUCCACAUAAGAAGAGCCCACACAGGUGAGAAGCCGUACCUUUGCAAGACCUGUGGGAAACGAUUUACUGACACUUCAGGAUUGAAAGCACAUGUGACAAUCCACACAGGCAGCUACAUAACGAAAACAUCACCACGGUGCAGGAUGAGAGGAGUGUGGCAGAAGUUAGCAGACAGCGAUGGACUUCACAUGACAGGAUUCACAACUUGGAUUAAGUUUUUAUGAGAAGCUGUUUUGAUUCUUUUGGUCGGUGGACCCUUACAGACUAAAAGAAUAUAAAUAAUCAAGAAAGGACACAUUCAGACUUAACGAGGCUUCAACGGUAACGGGAGAAGGCACUUCUUUUUUCUUUUCAUCUCUUGUACCAGAUGUAGGCUAUUGUGGAGAAUCUAACCGAUGUAAUGAUGUGUUGCAUGCCCUUACUGACAUAUUGAUCAUACGUUUAAACAUUAAUAUUUGUAUUAACGGUCUAAGCAGCUUAGAAGCAGCUAAAGCAGGCGACCCUGCAGGAUUUAGGAAGUUUUAUACAUCCAUAGAACUUGUACAAAAACCAGACCAGGCAUUUAAUGGAGACCUGCGUUUAUUUGUCAAAAUGUGUUCCCACACCAGGCCAGUAAAGGAGGUAGGCGGCUAUUUGGGACUCGGCUAUUAAUUGAAGUUUUACAGUAAUAACAUAAGAAAAUAUUAAACUUGUCAUCAGUAGGAAUUUGUUAUAUUAAAACACUAACGUCAGGCCACCAAGCCAUUCUUAAAUUCAAAAUCCAUUCAUCCUUAUUACUGCUCCAUGUAGUAUAGUUUAUUUCUGUUUACCUUUUUAUGAUUGUUGUAUAUUGACUGUUUCUUGUCUGGUAUGUAGCAGAAGGGAGUUGCAAACAGAAUUUCUUUUUACAACCCUGUUGUAAAAUGACAAUAAA